AUGGCGCCCGCGGCCACGCGCGAGGAGGGAACGGGACAUCUUUUUGUAGAAAAUGUCUGCCGAAACUCGUUAAUGAACCAAGGAGGUGGUGGUGGAGUGGGUGGUGGUGGAGGUGGUGGUGGAGGUGGUGAAGGUGGUGGUGGAGUGGGUGGUGGAGUGGGUGGAGGUGGUGGUGGAGUGGGUGGUGGUGGUGGAGGUGGUAAAGGUGGUGGAGGUGGUGGUGGAGUGGGUGGAGGUGGAGGUGGUGGAGUGGGUGGUGGUGGUGGAGUGGGUGGUGGAGUGGGUGGAGGUGGUGGUGGAGUGGGUGGAGGUGGUGGAGUGGGUGGUGGUGGAGUGGGUGGUGGAGUGGGUGGUGGUGGUGGAGUGGGUGGUGGAGUGGGUGGUGGAGUGGGUGGUGGUGGAGUGGGUGGUGGAGGUGGUGGUGGAGUGGGUGGUGGAGGUGGUGAAGGUGGUGGUGCAGUGGGUGGUGGAGGUGGUGGUGGAGUGGGUGGUGGAGGUGGUGAAGGUGGUGGUGGAGUGGGUGGUGGAGGUGGUGGUGGAGUGGGUGGUGGAGGUGGUGAAGGUGGUGGUGGAGUGGGUGGUGGUGGAGGUGGUGGUGGAGGUGGUGAAGAUGGU